AUGGCGGCCGUCGCCAUGCUGUCCCUGGCCACCGCCGGCAGCGCCCAGCUGCAGCAAGGGUUCUACAAGGGCAAAUGCAACGGCACCGACGUGGAGGCGGUGGUGCGGGGCAUAGUCAAGUCCUGGUUCGCGGAGCUGGAGCGGCGGUGCCCCGGCGUGGUGUCCUGCUCCGACAUCCAGAUCCUCGCCACCCGCGACGCCGUCGCGCUGGGCGGCGGCGCGGCGUACCCCGUGCGCACGGGGCGGCGGGACCGCCGCCGGUCGCUGGCGUACGACGUCAGGCUCCCGGCGCCCGACUACACGGCGGCGCAGACGACGGCGUACUAUGGGCGGCUGGGCCUGAGCGCGUUCGACGCGGUGCUGCUGCUGGGCGCGCACACCGUGGGCGCCACCCGCUGCAGCGCCAUCAAGAGCAGUCGGCUGUACGCGUACGGCGGGCGGCCCGGCGCGACGGACCCGGGGGUGGACCCGGCCACCGCGUCCGUGUACAAGAGGUACGUGUGCCCCAACGUGGCGUCGUCGGACGGCAACGUCGUGUUCCUGGACGACCAGUGGAGCGCGCUGCGGGUGGACAACCACUACUACCGGAACCUGCAGCUCCGCCGCGGCGUGCUCCCCUGCGACCAGAACCUGUACAAGGACGGCUCCACACGCUGGAUCGUGGACCUGCUGGCCAACGACGCCGGCCUCUUCACCUCGCUCUUCCCGCAGGCGCUCGUCAAGCUCAGCGAGGUCAACGUGCUCACCGGCACGCAGGGGGAGAUCCGCAAGGUCUGCAACAGGUUCAACUGA